AGGCGGAGUCAGACGGUUGUUCCCAUGGUACUUUGCGCGCAGGUGUCAUGGCGGCUCUCUAGGCAGCAACAGUGCGGGUGUUUAUUAUUGUUAAUAAAUCGCUUUGAUUUUUCAUGUGAUGCAUGUAACGAAUCUUAAGGAUUAUCCGACUUUUCCGCGGACGCGCUAAAACCUCUUCAGGACGCGUCGAACGCUCACAGAGGCACUUUAUUUAGUCAUAAACUAAGCUACGCUAGCAGCUGUGCAUAAAGUGCGUUUAUAAACUCAGAAUAACUCAUAAUCCAGCUCACACACGCGCUUAGAAACUUUCCAUUACAAACAGGUUUUAAAACGAAGACUAUGAGCACACAAUACAGUAUUCUAUUCAAGCAGGAGCAUGCUCACGAAGAUGCCAUCUGGACCGCGGCAUGGGGUCGCAGCGAGAAGGACGGGUCAGAAACCAUCGUGACCGGCUCUUUGGACGACCUGGUAAAAGUGUGGAAAUGGUCGGAUGAAAAGCUGGAGCUGCAGUGGACGCUGGAGGGUCACCAGCUGGGUGUGGUGUCGGUGGACAUCAGUCAAAAUGGAGCGAUUGCCGCCUCCAGCUCUCUUGAUGCUCAUAUUCGGCUCUGGGAUCUGGAGACGGGCAAACAGAUUAAGUCCAUGGACGCAGGCCCAGUUGACGCCUGGACGGUUGCCUUUUCUCCUGACUCCAAAUACAUUGCCACUGGCAGCCAUCUAGGGAAGGUCAACAUCUUCGGCGUGGAAAGUGGGAAAAAGGAGCACUCGCUGGACACCAGAGGGAAAUUCAUUCUGAGCAUCGCUUACAGUCCAGAUGGAAAGUACUUAGCCAGUGGUGCUAUAGACGGAAUCAUUAAUAUCUUUGAUAUUGCGACUGGGAAACUCCUGCACACGCUGGAAGGUCAUGCGAUGCCUAUCAGGUCUCUGACUUUCUCUCCAGACUCUCAGCUGCUGGUAACCGCAUCAGAUGAUGGCUACAUCAAGAUUUAUGACGUACAGCACGCUAACCUGGCCGGCACUCUCAGCGGUCACGGAUCCUGGGUGCUGAGCGUGGCCUUUUCACCUGACGACACACACUUCGUGUCCAGUUCGUCUGAUAAGAGUGUAAAAGUGUGGGACACAAGCAGCAGGUCAUGUGUGAACACAUUCUUUGAUCAUCAGGACCAGGUUUGGAGUGUGAAGUACAACCCCACAGGCUCCAAAAUCGUCUCUGCAGGUGAUGACAGAGCCAUCCACAUUUACGACUGUCCCAUGUGAAUCUCCACAAAACUACAGCCCCCUGAUGAAGCUCUGUAAGAGUCACACACUCUCAAGACCACAGCAAACAUGCAAAUGCUUUUUUUUUAUUGCUAAAUUCAACAUCUGUAUAUGGUAUUACAAAUAAAUGUCUUUUUUUUCCUAGUUUAUUUUUGUUGUUGUUGCUAUUUAUCCUGUUCACAAUUCACACAUUCAAUGAUCGAUGAUGUUGCAUGACAUUUUUAGUUGGAUACACAUUUUAUUAUGAGAUUUAUAUUAUAGUUUUUUAACUCCUUGAUGUUUCCCGUUUUUUUUUCACACGACUUAAGUGCAAACAUGGCUUUGCUGAUCACUCUCCGCCCUCUACAGGACACCAAAUGUUACUGCACCAAUUCAGUCCUUGCUUUGGACUGUUAUAGCCGACAUGUAAAAAUGAAUUAUAAUACAUAAAGAUCCAAAGCAGAACUUGUUUGAAUGCUGAACCCUUUGUAGAGCAUGUGAGAAAAUCUAGAAGAAAAAAAAAAUCCCAAAUGGUUUCUUUCUUGUUUGGUUCAUUUAAUUCACUCUUGAUUGUGACACUAAGAUCCAGUUAGAAACAAUCUUAUAGAAAAAAAUUACUAUGGCAGUUAUAUUUAAAAUAUGAAGCGCAUUUCUAAAACAUUUAAACUGGAAAAGUUUUGGCCCCAAAACACUGUUUUUCUGAAGGUUAAAGACACAAUAUGACAAACCAAAGAAGAUUCAAUCAGACUGAAAUAUCAUUCUGCAGAACAUGAUGCUUUCUAACUUUUCUCACAAGGCUUUUCACACCAUUGUUUAACCCUGGGUAAAGGCCACUUUUAAAAUUAAUUGACACGAUUUUACAGUCGUUUUUGUACAAUAAUUUCAUAGUAACUACACUUGAAGAGCUUAAUAUAGAAUUAGUAC